UAUGAGACCACCUCCAGUGAGGAGGAGUCCAGUGGGGAGGAGAAGGAGGAGGCUGAGGAGGAGGUGGACAGCUCUGAGCCCGAGGAGCAGGAGGAGGAGCAGUGGGAGAAGGAAGAGCAGGAGGAGGGAGCUGGAGAAGCCCAGGGCCAGGGAGAGGCCACUGCCACAGGAGAGGAGGCCCAGGGAGCAGGAGCCCAGGCAAGGGAGACAGAGGGCCAGGGAGACCCUCAGGACCCAGACACCAGCCAGGCGCUCCUGGAGCAGCAGCCAGAAGCAGGGUGAGACAGACAGGGGAUAAGAGGACUUCUUGAUUAAGUUUCUUAACUUUUGCAGAAAAUGUCCAUCUCAGUGGAGGUCUUUUGAAAUUAAAUGAACUGUGAACAAACCACCUGCAAAGAAAAUAUACAGUUAGCCAAACAAUAGCCAAGCCAAGUAUAAAUGGCACCUCUAUCCAGACCCCUCUCAUCCCACUGAGGUCUCCUUAUGGCAGCCUGCUGUACCUUACCUGUCCAUCCCUCAUCCCCAAUGUGUCUACUCUAGUCUCUGAUGUCAGACACACAAUCCAGGUCUUUGUUCAGGUAAGGCCAGCUGCAUCCAGCCCCGGCCUCCAGUCUACAUACAGCCUUCAGGCCCCAAUGGGAGCAGAAUGACAGGUGCUGAGUGAAGCAUUAAUACAGCAGCCGUCUGCUGCUGGGGCCCGGCCCUAUAAUGGUCUGGCCCCAAGAGCUGACCCCUUCUGCUGCGUGCACACACACACACACACACACACACACACACACACACACACACACAUAGUGAGGUAUGAAUCAGUGACAGGGAGGAUGUGUGGGAUAUGUUGACUUCUUGACUCUGUCUCAGAAAUAGGUUUAUUUCUUAUGCUGAUCUACUGUAUGAUUAUCACUAGGCCUGACAUCUUUUGAAAUACCUGAUUUCCCGACUACCAUUUAUGAUAACUGACUCAACCAUUGCAGCACUACUAAAAUAUGUCUGUCUGUCAUUAUGAAUUAUUAUGAAAGGUGGCUAAAUGUUAUGUUAUGUUCACACAGGGAGACGAUAGAUAAGGACUUCAUGGAGGCGUGUCACUACAUUAAGGAUCGCAUGGCAGAGGUGGCAACCCCUGAUAAAGAAAUGGUAAGAACAUUUCCCCUCUAGUCCAAACGGUAGCGCCUAAAGUGAUCCCCGGCCUGCGCGGGAUCGACACCAGUCUUCACACUGUGUACCCUCUUUCUUAUCUCCCAGCUCACUAUGUACCCUCCAUCUGUCUCCCAGCUCCACCAUGUACCCUCCAUCUGUCUCCCAGCUCACUAUGUCCCUCCACCUGUCUCCCAGCUCACUAUGUACCCUCCAUCUGUCUCCCAGCUCCACAUUGUACCCUCCAUCUGUCUCCCAGCUCACUAUGUACCCUCCAUCUGUCUCCCAGCUCCACUAUGUACCCUCCAUCUGUCUCCCAGCUCCACUAUGUACCCUCCAUCUGUCUCCCAGCUCACUAUGUACCCUCCAUCUGUCUCCCAGCUCCACUAUGUACCCUCCAUCUGUCUCCCAGCUCACUAUGUACCCUCCAUCUGUCUCCCAGCUCCACUAUGUACCCUCCAUCUGUCUCCCAGCUCACAAUGUACCUUCCAGCUCAUUUCUGUCCCUUUCAAUAAAACUAAUUGAAAAAGUACAAUCACUAACAAAUCCUCAACCCUCAACCUAGCUUUAUGUCCACAUCCUGGUUCAACCCUCAACCUAACCCUAGCUUUAUGUCCACAUCCUGGUUCAACCCUAACCCUAACCCUAGCUUUAUGUCCACAUCCUGGUUCAACCCUAACCCUAACCCUAGCUUUAUGUCCACAUCCUGGUUCAACCCUAACCCUCAACCUAGCUUUAUGUCCACAUCCUGGUUCAACCCUAACCCUCAACCUAGCUUUAUGUCCACAUCCUGGUUCAACCCUAACCCUCAACCUAGCUUUAUGUCCACAUCCUGGUUCAACCCUAACCUUCAAACCUCAACCAAGCUUUAUGUCCACAUCCUGGUUCAACCCUAACCCUAGCCUCAACCCUCAACAUAACCCUAGCUUUAUGUCCACAUCCUGGUUCAACUCUAACCCUAGCCUCAACCUAAACCUAGCUUUUUGUCCACAUCCUGGUUCAACUCUAACCCUAGCCUCAAGCCUCAACCUAACCCUAGCUUUAUGUCCACAUCCUGGUUCAACCUUAACCCUCAACCUAACCCUAGCUUCAUGUCCACACCCUGGUUCAACCUUAACCCUCAACCUAACCCUAGCUUCAUGUCCACAUCCUGGUUCAAUCAUAACCCUCAAUACUCAACCUAACCCUAGCUUUAUGUUCACAUCCUGGUUCAACCCUAACCCUAGCCUCAACCCUCAACCUAACCCUAGCUGAAUGUCCACAUCCUGGUUCAACCCUAACCCUAGCCUCAACCUAACCCUAGAUUCAUGUCCACAUCCUGGCUCAACCCUAACCCUAGCCUCAACCUAACCCUAGAUUCAUGUCCACAUCCUGGCUCAACCCUAACCCUAGCCUCAACCCUCAACCUAUCCCUAGAUUAAUGUCCACAUCUUGGUUCAACCCUAACCCUAGCCUUAACCCUCAACCUAUCCCUAGAUUAAUGUCCACAUCGUGGUUUAACACUAGCCUCAACCCUCUACCUAACCCUAGAUUCAUGUCCACAUCCUGGUUCAAUCCUAACCCUAGCCUCAACCCAUCCCUAGAUUAAUGUCCACAUCUUGGUUCAACUCAUGUGCAUGUGCAUGUGACCAAUAAAAUUUGAUUUGAUUUGAUUUGAUUUGAACUCUAACUCUAGCCUCAACCCUCAACCUAUCCCUAACCUACUACUGUAACCCUAACCCUUGUUUCCCCCUUUUUAUAGACUGUUGUGAUGGUGUUGUACCAGGAGUGGUUCCAUGUGUCACAGUGUUUGUUUCUAAUAGUGUGUGUCUGUGUGUGUGUGUGUUCUCCCCCUCUCUUCAGAGGCACGUCCUGACGGUGUUGUACCAGGAGUGGUUCCGUGUGUCCAGUCAGAAGGACUCUCUGGCAGACACCGUCACCCUCUAUCUGAGAGAGGUGGGCAUCGCCACGCCGACCCUCCUGCGUUACAUCGUAAACCUGGCCGAUGGUAACGGCAACACAGCGCUCCACUACAGCGUGUCCCACUCCAACUUCCCUGUGGUCAAACUGCUGCUGGACACUGGUAUGGGAUGUUCAUACACCUCUCUACAACACACUGGUAUGGGAUAUUCAUACACCUCUCUACAACACACUGGUAUGGGAUGUUCAUACACCUCUCUACAACACACUGGUAUGGGAUGUUCAUACACCUCUCUACAACACACUGGUAUGGGAUAUUCAUACACCACUCUACAACACACUGGUAUGGGAUGUUCAUACACCUCUCUACAACACACUGGUAUGGGAUGUUCAUACACCUCUCUACAACACACUGGUAUGGGAUGUUCAUACACCUCUCUACAACCCACUGGUAUGGGAUAUUCAUACACCUCUCUACAACACACUGGUAUGAGAUGUUCAUACACCUCUCUACAACACACUGGUAUGGGAUGUUCAUACACCUCUCUACAACACACUGGUAUGGGAUGUUCAUACACCUCUCUACAACACACUGGUAUGGGAUGUUCAUACACCUCUCUACAACACACUGGUAUGGGAUAUUCAUACACCUCUCUACAACACACUGGUAUGGGAUGUUCAUACACCUCUCUACAACACACUGGUAUGGGAUAUUCAUACACCUCUCUACAACACACUGGUAUGGGAUGUUCAUACACCUCUCUACAACACACUGGUAUGGGAUGUUCAUACACCUCUCUACAACCCACUGGUAUGGGAUAUUCAUACACCUCUCUACAACCCACUGGUAUGGGAUGUUCAUACACCUCUCUACAACACACUGGUAUGGGAUAUUCAUACACCUCUCUACAACCCACUGGUAUGGGAUGUUCAUACACCUCUCUACAACACACUGGUAUGGGAUAUUCAUACACCUCUCUACAACACACUGGUAUGGGAUAUUCAUACACCUCUUUACAACACACUGGUAUGGGAUAUUCAUACACCACUCUACAACACACUGGUAUGGGAUAUUCAUACACCACUCUACAACACACUGGUAUGGGAUAUUCAUACACCUCUCUACAACACACUGGUAUGGGAUAUUCAUACACCUCUCUACAACACACUGGUAUGGGAUAUUCAUACACCACUCUACAACACACUGGUAUGGGAUAUUCAUACACCACUCUACAACACACUGGUAUGGGAUAUUCAUACACCUCUCUACAACACACUGGUAUGGGAUGUUCAUACACCUCUCUACAACACACUGGUAUGGGAUAUUCAUACACCUCUCUACAACACACUCACUCUCCUUUAUGUCACACCCUCUUUUCUCAGUCCCUACCUCAACCUUUUUUACUGAAACGAUAUUUAUGUCUUUAUUCUCACGUUCGUUCUGAAACCAAUAUAGUGAACAAGACUUGGAGUGUUUCAAUGCGAGAUUUGUCUCUACCUCUACACGCGGUGGUGGAAAAAGUUCUCAAUUGUCAAACUUGAGUAAAAGUAAAGAUGCCUUAAUAGAAAUGACUCAAGUAAAAGUGAAAGUCACCCAGCAAAAUACUACUUAAGUAAAAGUCUAAAUAUAUUUGGUUUUAAAUAUACUUAAGUAUCAAAAGUAAACGUAAUUGCUAAAAUAUACUUAAGUAUCAAAAGUAAAAGUACAAGUAUGAAUCAUAUCACAUUCUUUAUAUUGUGUGUGUAUGUGUGUGUGUGUGUAUGUGUGUGUAUGUGUGUAUGUGUGUGUGUGUGUGUGUGUGUGUGUGUGUGUAUGUGUGUGUAUGUGUAGGUCUGUGUGAGGUGGAUACCCAGAACAAGGCAGGCUACACAGCGGUGAUGCUGGCCUCUCUGACAGCUGCUGAUGGGUCAGACGACAUGGAGGUGGCUCUGCAGCUGCUGAGACAGGGAGAUGUCAACGCCCGAGCCAGCCAGGUACACACAACAUGUACACACACACACACACACACAGACACACCUGUACACACAUUUACUCUAUCCCAUUGUACAGUCACAGACACACACUAACAAUGAUCCACUACUCACUGUAUAGUCACUCUAUCAUGCAGACACAGACUGUAUAUUCACUCUAUCAUGCAGUCACAGACUGUAUAGUUACUCUAGCAUGCAGUCACAGACUGUAUAGUUACUCUAGCAUGCAGUCACAGACUGUAUAGUCACUCUAGCAUGCAGUCACAGACUGUAUAGUUACUCUAGCAUGCAGUCACAGACUGUAUAGUCACUCUAGCAUGCAGUCACAGACUGUAUAGUUACUCUAGCAUGCAGUCACAGACUGUAUAGUUACUCUAGCAUGCAGUCACAGACUGUAUAGUCACUCUAGCAUGCAGUCACAGACUGUAUAGUCACUCUAGCAUGCAGUCACAGACUGUAUAUUCACUAUCACUAGGGUUUAUUAGUUUCUCAGAAAUCUACCAAUUUUCCUUCCUGAGAAAAUUGGAACCAUCCCAGUAAUAUCCCAGUAUUCCCAUUCAAACCGGAAAUGCUAUAUAAAAGCAUAUAAUACCAGCGCAAAAAAUUAGACAUGAUUCUACCACUGGAGAAAUGUGGACAGGAAUCGAAUGGUUUCGUAUAGUAUUUGUCAAAAUUGAAUCAACUCAAGGUUCUGUCAAUGUCACCACACAAUUUGUUGAUGUAACCUAGUUUAAAUGUUGGUCUAAAAUAUUAUGAAUUUAUUAGCCUACAGCCUAGUGAAAAUUACAUUUGUUUUAGCUUACCUUUAACUGAAAGAUAUCAGCCAGCUUGUUUGCCCGUUUCUCUCCCCUUGCACCUGGCUAUCAGAGGGAUUUCGGAAGGUUGUGGCUGUUUUUACUUUAUGAUAACAUGAUUAUUGUGAUGACUUUGUCACAGGGAACAUAUCCGAUUCUCCGCUAAACAGACAAGCAAAUAGGCCUAGUGUUGGAGCUUCAGCACCAUGGAUAGCUUCAGGGCCAUGGAUAGCUUCAGGGCCAUGGAUAGCUUCAGCACCAUGGAUAGCUUCAGGGCCAUGGAUAGCUUCAGGACCAUGGAUAGCUUCAGGGCCAUGGAUAGCUUCAGCACCAUGGAUAGCUUCAGGGCCAUGGAUAGCUUCAGGACCAUGGAUAGCUUCAGGACCAUGGAUAGCUUCAGGGCCAUGGAUAGCUUCAGGACCAUGGAUAGCUUCAGGACCAUGGAUAGCUUCAGGACCAUGGAUAGCUUCAGGACCAUGGAUAGCUUCAGGACCAUGGAUAGCUUCAGGGCCAUGGAUAGCUUCAGCGCCAUUGAGAGAUCCCUGAGAAUCUAAGUCAGGCCCCUGCACUUGCUUUUGUUAUUGUAACAUCAUGGAACAAUGUUGCAAAUGUCUAUUUCCUCGAGCGCGUUUGUGGACACAAUGUAGUAGCCUACCAAACAUUUAGUUAAGAUGGAGUAUUUAUAUUUUGAGCUUCUGCCAGUGCCACAAAGAUAGUUUGGAGAUUUGUGAACGUGAGAUGGAGAUUGCCUUCAGUAACUGCAUCGAGAGGUCGCGUGUAGCCUACAUAUGAUAGUCAGCAAUGCAAUUUAUAGAAGUCAUGCAAGUAAGUGAUGUUUUCUAUUGGGGACUUUACGUUGAGUAGGCUAAAUAUGGUAGGCUGCUAGCGUUGUGAUUACUGGUCUAAUGUAGGCUAUGAAUUAAGCCAGAGAGUUGAUAUGUCCGGUUCAUGCACGCAACUGUUCGCACGUGCAUAUUUUGUGUUUUUGCAUUAGUGCUGCAUACAUUUUAUUUUGUUAAUUAUUUAUUAAUAUUUUUCUCGGAAAACGGGAAGGAGCUUGGUCAGGAAGUCCCGGGAUACCGGUCACCGGUAUUAAACCCUACUGUACACACACCCAUUGUAUAGACAUACACCCAGUCAUUUUUAGACACUCACACACCUGUACACACAGUCACCUAUACGCAAUACUCACCUACUCACUCAGGACCACUGUACUUGCCUGUACUUGACCCACUACAAAUAUAUACUGUAGUUUCCCCCUCUCACAUUUCAUUCCUCUCCUCUUUGGUCUUUCAUUCCUCUCCUCUUUGGUCUUCCUCUCUCUCUCCUGUUUUCUAGGCAGGGCAGACGGCCCUCAUGCUGGCCGUCAGCCACGGUCGCACAGCCAUGGUGCGGUUGCUGCUGAGCUGUCAGGCUGACCUCAACGUUCAGGACAAAGACGGUUCGACCGCACUCAUGUGUGCAUGUGAGCACGGUCACACAGAGAUCGCUCGAAUACUACUCGAGUCUGACCACUGUGACACCAGCCUCACAGACAAGGUAGGCACACACACAUGCAUAUCACACACACACGCACGCGCACACAUAACACACACUAAUGUGAACACACACAAGCACGCACACACACACUUGGACGCUCACACACACACACAUGCACAGACUUACACUUAAACAUCAGCACAUGUAUGUACUUUGGGCUUCCCAAAACAUUGAAUGUCAAAAUAACCCAACGGUGCCACCAUCUGGCUAAACGGUGAAGUGCAUAAUUUUCUCAUGUUCAUUGACAUGAUGAAUGAGCACACAGGCUCUCAGAGGAUGUCACAUCGCCUAGCCACUGAGUGGCAGGGAGUUGACCAGAAACACACUGUCUUAUUUUUCCUCCAUAAAGUGAUAGCAGAAUGGCAGCCAGAUAAGGCACAAAUUAGCUUCUAGGUUAAUGACUGUUUUGUGGAGAUGUCUCUCUGGGUUUGACACACUAAUUCAUCCCUUUAGAAGGUAUUAUACUGCACUGGAUUUGUAGAGGUGUCUGUGUGUGAAUGGCGUGCAGUGGGGCUAUGGCUAGAAUCAGACCUUCUUUAAGGCCUCCAGGGCAUAGUCAGACAGGGGGCUAAAGUAGACCAUGGAACCCCAGACAGAGCUGUGUGGGUUGGACUGUGGCUGAGACAGACAGGCUAAAUAAUUCACCUCUUCCUCUCCCAUGGCCAGAGAUGGUAUUGUUCUGCUCUCACUCCUUGGUCCCACAUUGUCUCACUAUGGAUCUCAUGAAGAGACAAAAAUAUCACACGAGCCAGCCAGGAGUCUAACCUAGAAUCUUCUGAUCCGUAGUCAGACGCGUUAUCCAUUGUGCCACUUGCCAGUUGUUGGCGAUGUCCUGUGUGGGUUUAGAUUUUAGCUGUGUACGCUCAUUACCCAGGUCUCAUGUUUCUGAGGGGAAGAGGGGGGGGGGGGGGGGGGGUCUAAAGAACACACCCUCUGGUUAGUGGAGAGGACGGUAUUCACUCUUCAAACAUGAUUGAACCACAACGUUUUUGUUUACUCCAUGAGUGAAGAAACAUUCUCUCUCUCUCUCUGUCUGUAGGAUGGUCAGAGUGCUCUGUCGGUGGCGGUAGCAGCCUCCCACAGUGAGAUAGUUGAACUUCUGAAGACCCACUCUGACUCCACCACCCAGGCCUCUAACCCCUCCUCCACCACCACCUCAGCCACCAUCAUCACCACCACCACCGCCUCUCUCCUC